AGCCGAGAGUUGCAAGCAGCGCGAAACCAGCACAGGACGAAGGAUUUUGCCUAGUUAGUUUCGCCUAGCUAGCAGCAGUGCUCGCUCGACUCGUAGUCUUUGCAUUAGUAGGUUUUCCUAUUGGCCUUUCGUCGAUCUGCAUUUCUCCUAGCGCCAUGGGAGGUCCGUCCGCUAAUACGAAGCGUAAGCGCGACGGCGAAGCAGAGCCGCACAAUGAUGGCGAAUCUGCAGCAUCAGAAUCAAAUGCAGCAGCUGCCGCUGAGCGGUCCGCGGGACAAGAACCACCGCCUUCUGCACCAAAUCCCGAAUCGAAUCCACAAUCAAAUCUAGAAUCAGAUUCAAAUCCUGGAGCGAAGCCCGGCGCAAAGCCCGCGGCUCCAGGAGAGCCACUGCCGGGAAAGCAGGCGGAAAAGACGUGCGUCCAUGACGUGGCGCUUCCUCCGGGUUUCACGUCCGCUCUCGACCAAUCAGUGCACGGAACAAUUGACAGUCCGGUUUACAAGGGUCCGAUGGCGAAAUCGUACCCUUUUGAGUUGGACCCGUUUCAAGCGACCUCGGUAGCGUGUUUGGAGCGGCGGGAGUCCGUGCUCGUAGCAGCGCACACGUCGGCGGGAAAGACGGCGGUUGCGGAAUAUGCUAUCGCCAUGGCGUUUCGGGACAAGCAGAGGGUCAUCUACACGUCGCCCCUUAAGGCGCUGAGCAACCAGAAGUACCGCGAGCUCAGCGAAGAAUUCAGCGACGUGGGGCUGAUGACGGGUGACGUCACCAUCUCCCCCAACGCCGCCUGCGUUGUGAUGACCACCGAGAUCCUCCGCUCCAUGCUCUACCGCGGAUCAGAGGCUUUAAGAGAGGUCGCGUGGGUGAUUUUCGAUGAGAUUCACUACAUGCGGGACCGGGAGCGCGGGGUGGUUUGGGAGGAGAGUAUUAUUUUCCUGCCGCCAGACGUUAAAAUGGUGUUUUUGUCCGCCACGCUGUCGAAUGCGCGGGAGUUUGUCGAGUGGAUUACGUAUUUGCAUAAGCAGCCGUGCCAUGUGGUGUACACGGACUACCGGCCGACUCCCUUGCAGCAUUUCGCGUUUCCUUAUGGCGGGGAUGGGCUGUACCUCAUGGUGAACGAGCAGGGGAAGUUUAUCGAGAAGAACUUCAAUCGCUUAGCUAAGAGUUUUGCGAAAGCGAAGGAGGCGGCGGCGGAGGCGAUACCGGAAGCUGCUGGGUUUGCAGGGAGGGGGAGAGGAGGGAGGGGAGGGAGGGACGGGAGGGGAAGGGGAGGGAGGGGAGGAAGAGGAGGGAGAGGGGGGGAUGGAGGGAGAGGAGGAGGUGGAGGGCCAUCUGAUAUAUACAAGAUCGUGAAGACCUGCUCGGAGCUGGACUUCCACCCCAUGAUCGUCUUCAGCUUCCGGCGCCGCGAGUGUGAGGCGUACGCCAUGCAGCUGAGCAAGCUGGACUUCAACAGCGAGGAGGAGUCCAAGAUGGUCAAGGAGGUCUUCAACAAUGCCAUCUCAGUGCUCCCCUCAGAGGACCAAGACCUGCCAGCAGUGCGCCAGAUGCUGCCACUGCUGCAGCGGGGAGUAGGCGUGCACCACUCUGGGCUGCUGCCUAUCCUCAAGGAACUCAUUGAGAUUCUGUUCCAGGAGGGGCUCAUCAAAGUGCUCUUUGCCACUGAGACGUUCGCCAUGGGUCUCAACAUGCCUGCUCGCACCGUUGUCUUCACGGCCACGCACAAGUGGGAUGGCGAGGCCAACCGGCCCAUGCACUCAGGGGAGUACAUCCAGAUGAGUGGACGAGCCGGGAGGCGAGGCAAGGACAGCAAAGGGAUUGUCAUCGUCAUGGUCAACGAGGAGAUGACCAUGGAGGCGUGCAAGGAGAUGAUGCUGGGCAAGCCAGCCCCGUUGGAGAGCUCCUUCCGCCUGACCUAUUACGCGCUGCUGAAUCUGAUGGCACGGGCCGAGGGGCAGUUCAACACAGAGCACGUUAUCGCGCACUCCUUCCACCAGUUUCAGCACGAUAGGCAAGUCCCUGAGGUCGAGAAGAGGAUCAAAGAGCUACAGGCAGAGGCAGACGCUUUAGAAGCUGGGACUGAGGACGAGAUCCGCGGGUACCACACGCUGCGCCUAUCGCUGGCUGAGAAGGAGAGCCGACUCAAGGCGGAGAUCCUACGACCCGAUAGAUGCCUGCACUUUCUGCAGCCAGGCCGCCUGAUCCGAGUGGUGGAUGGCCUAGACGAUUGGGGGUGGGGCGUGAUAGUCAACGUGAUGAAGCAGAUGUCUCGCGGCGACCCCUCCUCGGCUCUCAUCACGCCCUCCCCAACCGCCUCUGCUGCCGCCGCUGCUCCUCUCUCUUGCACCUCGUAUCUGGUUGACACUCUGCUGCUCUGCACUCCGGUGGAAAAAGAGAGUGGCGGGCAUGAUAAAGAAAAAGAGGGCGGCACUCCUGCGCUCGUCCCGCGCCCGUGCCCCCUGGAUGGGGAUGGAGAGAUGCACGUGAUCCCUGUCAAGCUGGCAGCAGUGUCGCGCAUAGGGGCGCUGCGAAUCGCUCUCCCAACCGACCUGAGGCCCAAGGAAGCCAGGGAAGCCGUGCUGGUGACGCUAAGGGAUGUGACUAAGCGGUUUCCGGAUGGCCUGCCGAUCCUAGACCCCGUGGAGGAUAUGGGUAUUCACGACGAUUCAUUUCUGGCGCUGGUUGACUCGAUCGACAAAGAAGAACAGCAGCUAUCCAAGCAUCCCCUCUUUAAGGCGGAAACAGCGGAGCAGAAGCUAGAGCUGCUCAAGAGGCGGGGACAGCUGCUUGCAGAGGCACAGAGGCUCAAGAUGAAGACGCGGGAGUCGCAGCUCAACCUGUUCAAAUCCGAGCUGCGCAAUCGGUCCCGGGUGCUCAAGCGCCUGGGGCACAUCGACGCGGACGGCGUCGUGCAGCUCAAGGGCAGGGCGGCGUGCGUCGUCACGACAGGGGAUGAGUUGCUGGUGACGGAGCUGAUGCUGGAAGGGGCGUUCAAUGGCAUGGACCACCAUCAACUCGUGGCGGUUGCUAGCUGCUUUCUGCCUUCAGAGAAGUCCAACGAGGAACAGCCCGUAUCAGCAGAGUUGAAGCCGCACUUCAACACGCUGAGGGAAGCAGCGCAGCACAUAGCGCAGGUGCAGAUCGAGGAGAAGAUAGAGCUCGACGAGGAGGAGUAUGUGGACCAGUUCCGACCGACCCUGAUGCACGUCUUCUACCAGUGGUCUAAGGGUGAAUCUUUUGGCAAGGUCAUUGACAGCACUGAUGUGUUUGAGGGAACGAUCGUGCGCGUGGCGCGACGCCUUGAUGAGCUUCUCAACGAGAUGAAGUUGGCCGCUCAAGCAAUUGGGGAACAAGCUCUUGUAGAGAAGUUCAGCAAGGCUAGUGAGAGCAUCCGCAGAGGUAUUAUGUUCGCCAAUUCGUUGUACGUUGAGUAACACGGUUUGUACAUUGGUCCCAUGUUUUGAGUGUUAUUCCCACAAUGUAAUAUCCAUGUGAAU